GAUGAGCGCGAGAGAGAGAUGCUGAGAGAAGCGCCUGCAGAGCUUUGACGUUCGUGUUUGUGCGUCCGGCUGGUGGCACCCGGCGAGCUCCGAUGCCGCCCGAGUCGGAAAUGGCAAAUCGAGAUCCACUUAACUCGCAUUAAGGCGCCAACUGACUCGGUGUGAAGGGCGUCGUCUCGUGAGCGCCGGUGGUGCGCGUGUCUAGAUUGCUUCUCCAGAAUGUGACUCCGCUUUUUUUAUCAUGAUUCCCAAGGCGCGAGCGACACGAGCGAGACGGAGCGCGUGUCUGUAUUUGCUGUUGUUUCUGUUCGGUCUUCUGUGUGGAGGGAGCGGGGAGAUAUUUGAGGCAGGUGAGAAUGGAGCUGAGCGUGUACCGGCCUCAGACUACGAGCUGACAUACCCACGCUGGGUCCACGCGGAGAGGACACCUGAUGGCCAGGACAAUACCAACACCAAUGACUACGACUACCCAUUUGGAGAUCAGCACCCGUCGGCGGUUGCGGUGUGGAUCGCAGCAGAGGGACAAGACCUUCUCCUUAAACUGCAGAAGAACCAUGAUCUGCUGACCCCCGGCUUCCAGGAGAUAUGGUACAGUCCAGAUGGCACACGCCACUCAACCAGACCACACCAUCAGGAUCAUUGUUUCUAUCAUGGCUUUGUGGACGGCUGGCAAGACUCCAGUGUGGCCCUCAGCACCUGCUCUGGACUCAGGGGCGUGGUCUCCCUGAACGCCAGCGUGAGCUACAUCAUCGAGCCCCUGGCCAAUCAGACGGCUGGACGGGGCCGGGGCCACGCCCUGCUGCGGGCGGAGAAGCUGAGGCUGGCUACAGGAAACUGCCCUCAUCACCACGACAACCAGAGCAGCGCCCAGCAGCCCAGCCCGCUGAUUGGUGGAAUGGCCAUCGUUACCAUGGGAACCAGAGAGAGGCGGGACAUCAGUCGUAACAUGAAGUACGUGGAGCUGCUAUUGGUGGCCGACUACGCAGAGUUUCUAAAGCGGGGGCCAGACAUAGAGAAGGUGAAGGCUACACUGUUGGAGGUUGCCAACUAUGUAGACAAGUACUAUAAGUCUCUAGGUGUGCGCGUGGCGUUGACGGGUGUUGAGGUGUGGAGUGGGGGCGACCAGGUGGAGGUCUCCGUUAACCCUUUCAGCACCCUGAGCUCCUUCCUCACCUGGAGGCGGAGACAGCUGCCCCACCUGCCCAAUGACAACGCUCAGCUCAUCACGGGCAAGUCGUUCCUGGGCAGCACUAUAGGUUUGGCUCCUCUGAAGGCCAUGUGCUCCGACUACCAAUCAGGAGGAGUCAACUCAGACCACUCUGAGAGUGUGUAUGGCGUGGCGGCUACGCUAGCACAUGAGCUGGGCCACAACUUCGGCAUGAACCACGACAGCAGCGGCUGCUGCCAAGCGGACCCAGCACUCGGAGGAUGCAUCAUGGCAGCCGCUACAGGGUCUCCGUUCCCGCGUGUGUUCAACAGGUGCAAUGAGAAGGAGCUCCGGCGCUACCUGUCAUCAGGGGGGGGCAAGUGCCUUUUCAACCCCCCCGACCCCUCUCGCCGCCUGGGGGGGGCACAGUGUGGAAACGGCUAUCUGGAGGAGGGAGAGGAGUGCGACUGUGGACUAGAGGAGGAAUGUUCCAGUGAGUGUUGUCAUGCCUCUAACUGCACUCUCAAGGCGGGAGCGGAGUGUGCCCACGGGGUGUGCUGCCACAACUGCAAGUUGCGUGCUCCUGGUGAGGUGUGUCGCGCGGUGUCGGGGUCAUGUGACCUGCCAGAGUUCUGUGACGGCGUUAAGGAGGCGUGUCCUGAUAACUUCUUCCUAUUGGACGGCUCCUCCUGCGCAAGGGGAGGGGCAUAUUGCUACACCGGCAUGUGCCUCACGCUGCAGCAACAGUGUCUGUCGCUAUGGGGACCAGGUGCCAGUGUGGCUCCUGAGAUGUGUUUUACUGAAGUGAACAGAGCAGGAGACCAGUACGGCAACUGUGGAAAAGACACGCAGGGAAACUACCGCAAGUGCAGUGAUAGGGACGCUCGGUGCGGAAAGAUCCAGUGUCUGUCGUCGUCAGAGCAGCCGGUGGGCACCAAUGCGGUGGUGAUACCCACUAAUGUCAACAGAGGGCGCUCCACUGUGCUCUGCAAGGGGACACACGUCUACCAGCCUCCACUAGCAGCACAGGGGGAGGACACACUGGACCCAGGACUCGUAAUGACAGGAACACGCUGCGCUGAAGACUCGAUCUGUUUUUCAGGAGAGUGUCGUAACGUUUCCUUCCUGGGGGCAGAUGAAUGCAGCGCCAAAUGCAACGGACAUGGGAGGUGCAAUAAUAGGCAUCAUUGCCAUUGUGAUGCUGGUUGGGCGCCGCCGUUCUGCUCCACGCCAGGAGAGGGCGGAAGCGUAGACAGCGGACCUGUAGUCAACCAGGGCGCUCUACCUCCUGUCCUGUUGUCCCUCCUCCUGCUCGGCCUCGUGGGAUUGGCCGUGGUGGCCGUCGGUUGCCGCUACAAACUCAAGCUCCGCCCACUGAAGACUCCCGCCCACCCCACAGAGCCAGCCAAUAGACGUUCCUCUGUUCCAAACAGUAAAUGUGAAGCCGCUGGCCAUGCCAACCCAACAUUCCAACUCAAGAACCCUGAGACACCAAAUACAACCACGGCCAGUCCUCCUCCACGCCCAGGACACACCCCUUCUCCGCGGAGUUCUGUCGUCCGGCCGACUGUGAAACCUCCCCCAGUCCCAGCCUACGCCCGGAACACACACGCCAUACACAACACACAGACCGCGGAGAACACACACGCCGCAGGGAACACACACGCCAUACACACACCUCAUACUGAACCAGGCAAAGAUACUGCGCAACCACAUCACCAACAGAUUUCACACACACCAAAAAACACACACGCACCAAAAAACACAGACACAUCACCUACAGCUACACACAUACCACCUAAAAACACACACAUACCACCGACCGUUCACCCCUCACAGAAACCUCAGAGGCCACACCCCCACGCCACAAAUCCACCAAUCGCACGCACCGGCUCGCCUAGGCCCCACCCCCCUACACGGCCACCGCCCCUCUGCCCCGUCAAAGCCAAUCAGCUAAAAGAGUUGAGAUCAAAGCUUCCUCCGAUGCAGAAUGGUGAUCCAAUGCCCCCUAGUGGCCGCUCUGCACCAUCUCCACCGCCCUCUGCUGGACAAAGACACACACUGCACCCGAGAGCAGUCACAGCAGCCGGGCCCGUGAGGACGUAACAGAACCAAGAGGACCACCAGCUGCCUCCACUGUGUGUGUGCAGUCCGAGUAGCGGACAACGAUGUGUGUGUGUGGGUGUGUGUAUGUGUGUCUGUGUGCCAUAUAUUUUUAUUUAUGUACGUAUAUGUACUGCACUUAUAUGAGAGUAUGGGCGUAUGAGCAUUGUCUGUGUGUGUGUGUGUGUGUGUGUGUGUGUGUGUUAGAGAGAGAGUACUGUAUGGGUGUGUGCCAUCUAUUUUUAUUUAUGUAUGUAGUCUACUGCACUUGUAUGAGAGUAUGUGUGUAUGAACAUUGUGUGUGUGUGUGUCUGUGUGUGUGUGUGUGGGUGUGUGGGUAUGAGUGUAUGAAGCAUUGCCUAUGUGUGUUUUUUAAUUCUAAUUUACGUGUAUUUAUUUGAGCCUUGCCCUGAAUGUGACUGCCCUCAGAAGUGAUGUCACACAGACCACACUGAAGGACAAGUGGCCCUCAUACUCCAAUGUGAUUGGUGCUGAAUGAGGAAGUCCACUGAUACUGUACUGUGAUUGGUCCUGAAUGAGGAAUUCCACUGAUACUGUACUGUGAUUGGUCUUGAACGGGGAAGUCCACUGAUACUGUACUGUGAUUGGUGCUGAAUAAGGAAGUCAUUUACAUUUACACCAUGUGUUCCAAUCUCCGUUCUUACUGCCCCCUGUGUUUGGGUGCGCAGGGCGUUCCACAUCUAAUCACGGGGAGUGCAUUACCGAUAUAUUGUAAACUACCCGAACAAUGGCCUCAAACCGGCUUUUUUUGAAGUGUGCAGUUACUGUACACUUUUCGCACUCAACAGCCGCCAUGUUUGUUACGUAGUUGAGUGUCAGAUCUGUCAAUCUCCUGACUCUCCGUAAUAACAGGAUAGUUUUGAUUGCAAAAACGAUUGCCAUUUGGAUAAGAGACAUGGGUAAGAAAAAAAAUGUCAACAUAACGAACAGUGUCUUCCGUGAAGUGUAUCAGACAGAACGUGAUUUGGACCGGCAUUUCACUCUCAAAUGUUGGCGUUACGGGACAGCGGAAAGUGCACUGCAUCUCAGUACACACUGCACAGGGACCCAUACACCAAUGUGAUUGGUGCUGUACGAGGAAGUGCACUCAUACUCCAAUGUGAUUGGUCCUGAAUGAGGAAGUGCACUGAUACUGUAUUGUAAUGUGUACUAAAUGAGGGAGCCUGCUUUAUCCUGUGAUAUGAUUGGUGUUAGAUCAGGAAGUAUGCUAAUACUGCGAUGCGAUUGGUGCUGUACCCUAAAAUGCUGGAAUGUUAUUUAUAAGAGAAUGAGUGUUGGAUGCCUGUACUGUAUCUACUUGCAUAUGCCUACUAACACGCACUCUCUCCCUUUGCCACACACACACGCUCACACACAGAAACCCAGACAUGCAUGCACACACACACUCACAGAAACACACACACACACACACACACAC